GGAGUGGACCCAAUUCCAAAGAGGGCCGAAUUAUCAUCCGGUUCGGACCGGUUUUCACGCCUCCGAAGGCCGGGCAGGCAGGCAGCACCCGCGGAGACGCGGAGCCUCCACUCCUCGUAUCGCUUCCUCCUCUGGAUCUAGCCGACGCCGCCCUCAUCCUGUCACCCACCGACGUCGCCGUCGCCGUCGCCACCUAUAUCACCCACCGCCUCUGAAGAAGAAGACGCGGAUCCGAGGGUAGUUAACUGCUGAAGAAGAAGAUCCGGUACGGAGAAGACGCGGAGCAGUACUUCUCCGAUCUGGAUGUUGGUAAGGUUCAUCCUGAUUUGAACGGCAAUCUCACUGAUAACGAGUUCCUGGGAGGAGGAAGCUAGACAAUUUCUGUUAGAGGAGGAAGAAGAGGAUGAUGAACUCUUAUUAGUACUUGUCCCUGCUAUUCUCUCGGCCAUGCAAGAAGAGAAAAGGUCAGUCCAUACUCCUCUUAUUGGUGCUGUGAAGAUUAAGGAAGUUUUAGAAGGGCAUGAAAUUUGGAGCAAAGUUGAGUUUAGUAUGGUGUCGGUUAUUUUCAGAGCCAUAGUAGCAUCUGCUGUUGAACCGGUGCAACAUGUACCAAGAGCGGGCAGCGAGAUCAAUGUUGCUGGGCCAAGUGUGGGCAGUGAGACUAAUGUUGAUGGACUAAUGUUGGAUCAAGAGGCUUGUGAAGUUCAGUCUCCACCUUCUGUUACGUCAGUAUAUAGAAGUGGGAAAAAGCGGAAGAAAAGUCAAGUUGCAAGUGUUCUGGAUGACUAUUUGGAGCACAAGAAGAAGCAAACACAGAAGAUUAUGGAGGUGUUACUUGAGAAGAAGAGUCGUGAAGAGGAGUACUCUAUCGAGAGGUGUCUCGACACAGUUGAUGUUAUGGAGGACUUGACGGAUGAGGAGAAGGCCCUUGCAGCAGAGGUGUUCAAGAAUGAAUUGAAUCGGGAGAUGUUUGUGAUGCAAAAAAAUGUAAACGUGCGACUGAUUUGGCUUCGGAGGAAGAUAAGUAGGAUUGCAUCUACCUGAGAGAUGGACAAUGUGCGACUGAUGGUUCUGUGCAAACAUAGUCUGCAGAUAGAUAAAUGGUAGGACUGGAGUUAUCGGCAUAAAUGGUUACUGUUGAUGAUUGUGUCAAGAAGUUAGCUAGAAUUGUCCGUGAGAAACUAGGACCUAAGAAUGCAAUCUUCACCAAAGCAGCAGAUACCAUGGAUCUCAGAACGCAUAGCUUGGAGUUUGCUUGUGUCCAACAGAACAUCAAUAAUCAUUUGGAAUAUUUGUUUUUUCAGUUUUAUAUUUUUCCCUGUGGAACUCAUGAAGCUGAAAUAGACCGUGUGUUGUCAGGACAGAGUAUUUUUGGUGCACAGAUAUUUGUUACAGAGUUUUUUUUUUUGAAAAUUUCAGAUCUUUGC